CCAUGGUGAUGGAGGAGACGAUAGACGACAGUGAGAUGAGUUUGUCGAACAUGGUGCUGGGCUUCCUGGAAGAUUUCGAGAGGGACGAGCGACGGCCGGAGAACGACGACGACAACAACGAGGAAGAGGGCUCCAGCGGCGGCGACACCGCCGAGAGCAAGGCCUUCUGGCAGACCCAACACUUGCAGCUGCGCGAGGCACUGGCCAAGGGCAGCCCAGCCGAGAGCAGGAUCCGCGCGGACACGGAGGAGGCCGUCAAGAGCAUGCGCGCCGCGGCCUGCUCCUGCUCCUGCACGGGGCGGCCCGCCGCCCGGGACUGCCGGCCGUGCAUGCUCCGGCACGUCGCCGACCGGCUGCGCGACGCCGGCUACGACAGCGCGCUCUGCAAAUCCAAGUGGACGCGCUCGCCGGAUAUCCCUUCAGGCGAGCACAGCUACGUGGAGGUGGCGGUGCAGACGAGGAGCGGCAAGUCCGUGCGCGUGGUGGUGGAGCUCAGCUUCCGCGCCGAGUUCGAGGUGGCGCGCGCCAGCGCCGGCUACCGCGCGCUGGUGACCGCGCUGCCCGAGGUGUUCGUCGGCCGGGCCGACCGGCUGCGCGGCGUCGUCAAGGUCAUGUGCGCCGCGGCCAAGCAGUGCAUGAAGGAUAACAACAUGCACAUGGGACCCUGGAGGAAGCACAAGUACAUGCAGGCCAAGUGGCUCGGCACGCCCGAGCGGGGAGCGGCGGCGGUGGCGGCGGCGGAGACGCCGGUGGUGGCGGUUCCGUCGGUGACGGUCGGCUCGCCAGAGAAGCAGACCAAGUUCAGGGCGUCCAUGCUGACCUUCGACUUUGGCCGGACCGCGCUGGAGGUCGCGUGAUGAACGCACAUACGCUGCCGGUCGAGCGGCAUUAGUAGUUCUCUAAAUAUAGACAGAGGAGGUAACUUUCGAGAAGAAAAAAAAGUUAUAUAGAGUGUACCUGGGUUUUAGGUUUUUGUCAGGAUUCAGAAAGCUGAAUCUGUAAUAUCAAUCGAGCUAGGUGUAAACAGAUAAGGCGAGCUUGUCACGCGUACUCCGAUCGCGUCACUGUAAUGGAAAUGAAGCUAAAAGAUCAUGGGUGUCGGUUCACAUGUCAGUAACGAAAUGGAUAACUGAUAACGUU